GCCGGCUGCGCACUAGAACAACAAAACACGCGCAAAAAAAGAGAAACUGCAUUGUUUACUAGAAUUUAAAGCGAAUCCGAGAAUCCCAGAAUUCGGCAGAGAUGGACAUCCUCCUGGCCAACGUGAGCGGGCUGCAGUUCAAGGCGGAGCGGGACCUGAUCGAGCAGGUGGGCGCGAUCCCGCUGCCCUUCUACGGCAUGGACAAGUCCAUCGCGGCGGUCUGCAACUUCAUCACCCGGAACGGCCAGGAGUGCGACAAGGGGAGCGCCUGUCCCUUCCGGCACAUCCGCGGCGACAGGACGAUCGUGUGCAAGCACUGGCUGCGCGGACUCUGCAAGAAGGGCGACCAGUGCGAGUUCCUGCACGAGUACGACAUGACCAAGAUGCCCGAGUGCUACUUCUACUCGCGCUUCAAUGCCUGCCACAACAAGGAGUGCCCCUUCCUGCACAUCGACCCGCAGAGCAAGGUCAAGGACUGUCCGUGGUACAAGAGGGGCUUCUGCCGCCAUGGGCCGCACUGCAGGCACCAGCAUCUCCGGCGAGUCCUGUGCAUGGACUACCUGGCCGGCUUCUGUCCCGAGGGACCGUCCUGCAAGCACAUGCAUCCGCACUUCGAGCUGCCCCCGCUGGCGGAACUGGGCAAGGAUCAGCUGCACAAGAAGCUGCCCACGUGCCACUACUGCGGCGAGCUGGGACACAAGGCCAACUCGUGCAAGCAGUACGUGGGCAGUCUGGAGCACCGCAACAACAUCAACGCCAUGGACCACUCGGGCGGACACUCCGGUGGACACUCAGGCGGUCACUCGGGCGGGCAUUCGGGCUACUCCGGCCACUCCGAGGGCAACGACAACGACAACCCACCGAGUCACCACAGUCAGCCGCACGGACCCGGUUUCGUCAAGGUGCCCACGCCGCUGGAGGAGAUCACCUGCUACAAGUGCGGGCACAAGGGACACUACGCCAACAAGUGUCCCAAGGGCCAUCUCGCCUUCCUCUCCAACCAGCAUAGUCAUAAGUAGGAUGCGCUGCUCUGUAUGAUUAGAUAUGAUUAAGAGUGCAGAAAUAAAGGUCGAAAUGUGGUUCACAUGGCCCACUGAAUGGCCCGGAGAUCGCAAGGUCCCAGCUGCCGCAGGUGAACGUUUUGAUUAUUUUCAGAUUAGAGAGUAUGCUAGGAAAGCCGGCUCGCAUUUUCCGAAAAUGUCUCAUAAACUGCCAGUAGAACGUAUUUUGUUAUCAGCGAAAUAAACUUCCAUAAGAAUCUAAACAAAUA